AUGGAAGCAUUUUGUCUGAAAGAUCAUCAACGAAGACAACAUGAAAAUAGACGUGAUAGUUACGAAGAACAAAAGAGUAUUCGGAAGGUGAAAAUUUUGGUUUCUCAAAUGAACAUGUAUUACACUCCCGAAUCAGAGAAUUAUGGUGAAGCUAACGAUGACAAACCUCAUGAUUUCAGAAUGAGCUCGAAAAAUGAGCCGGACAAUGUAGUUCCGGAGAGCAGGGCAAAUAAUAAAAGUAGCAUUGAAGAAUAUGUAACGACUGAUCAAUUAAAAGACAAAUAUUCGGCAUCAAAUAAACGAAAGCGUAAAAAUUAA